UUCAAGACUUUUUACAUUGAAAAUUAUAAAAAAAGAAAAAUUGAAAGUAAUCGAUAAGUUUAAAUUCAGCUUAAAAACUAGUUUAUUCACUUCUACGCUCAUCAUGAAUACACCAGUACUGGAGGACCCUAUUCAGUAUAACAUUAAAACCGAACCGGAAGAAGUAGCCAUAGAGCUGUUGAUCCCAGAAGUUGUGCAGGAUGAACCUCAUGAACAUAACGAGUUUCAGCUUGCAGUUGGUAGUGAAACAACCGGAGCAUCCAGCUCCAAAAGGAAGUAUGGUUGUGAGAUUUGUAGUAAAUCUUUUUUCACAAAAGAUCGAUUGUUGACCCACAAAAUGAAGAACCACGGAUCCAGCGAGGAGAUUCGGAAAUACUUGCAUCCCACCUUUACGGAGGCGGCCGAGCUUUAUCCAGAUCAAGUGUGGACGUACAAGUGUGAUAAGUGCUGUUUGUUUUUCCGCUAUAAACCUCAAUUCAUCACGCACAAUCGUAAGCAUUCUGGAGACAUAGAUGUUAAGUCUAACGAGGACAAUCCGAAUGAAGACAGCUCGAAAGAGAAAUGGUCUGCUUCUGAGAAUUCAUUCGUUUGCGUGCAAUGUAAGAAAACUUUCACCUCCAAAGAUCGCCUCUUGAUACACAAGAUGAGAAACCACGAAAAUAACGAAGAAGUUCGAAGGUAUUUGCAACCUGCCUUUGCUGAAGCCGAUUGCACAUUUGCUUGGCCUUACAAAUGCGUUGAAUGUCAGAUCUACUUUCGCUACAAGACACUUUUUAUAACACACAAUCGUAUCCACUCGGGAAAAAUGAUAGCCUACGACAUGAAUAAUUUGAAUUUGCCUGAAGGAGCAACAAAAAUCGAUCCCAAAACUAUUGACGUAGCUCAAACGAAGCUUAAUUUAAUAUGCGAUGUCUGCAAAAAAACAUUCACCUCCAAAGACCGAUUGCUGAUUCAUAAGAUGAAGAAUCAUGGAGAAAGUGAGGAGUUCAGAAAGUACCUUCAGCCCACUUUCAGUGAGGCUGCUGAACUGUAUCCCGACAUGGAUUGGUCUUACAAGUGCGAUGCUUGUGGAAUUUUCUUCCGAUACAAAACUCUGUUGGACUCACACGACAGAACUCACAAGAAGAAGAGAACCUAUGUUGAACAACAACAUGCCUACAACCAAGUGCCGGCUGCUAAGAGUUAUAAAAAAACAGUUUACACUUGUGAUCUUUGUCAGAAAACAUUUAAUGCCAAAUGUAUUUUACUGAUGCACAAAAACAAGGUGCACAACAUUCAAAUAGACUUUCAAAACCAGGACGGCAAAGAAACGUUUUUACCGUAUCGUUGCGAAACAUGCAAUUUAAAUUUCAAAUAUAAAAACUUCUUCGAAGAACACAAUCGUAGUUUGCAUGCCAUAAUACCAGAUAGACGAAACUUCAAAAGUGAAUUGGAAGGGCACGUAGCUAUUAGUGAUAAAAGUGAAGAACAAAUCAACCCAUUAUGCUUCGAACAGAUAAUGGUGAAAGACGAACCUAGGGAAUAAAUGAUGAAACGUUUAAAGCCCCAUUUACCUUAAUAUGAAUUAAACAAAAUAUAACGUUGCUUUUAGUUAGAAAGAAAUCCCUCACAUUAGUAUUACGGAUGAACAAUUAUUGUAUACCGUUUGGUUUAAAGUCAUUUGGCAUAAAAAUCGUUAGGCAUUAUGGUCAUUUGGCAUUAUGG